UGCAACCUCCAGUCAGAGAGCAAGAAUGGGGAAGGUUCCUUUUGAUGUCAAUAAUACCAAAGAUAAGAAAACUGAGUUUAGCUUAGUACAGGUCAAAGGUACCUGGAAGCGCAAACUGGGAAAGAAGGCUAGUGAUGGGAGAGUGGACCGUGUCUCUGCUGCCAAAAUCUAUGAGAGCAUCACAGAUAAGGGCAUCUCCUGGACCGUGGUCAGCCCCAUCGUCUUUACUUACAAGGUAACCGAGACCCAGAACAUCCUGGACCCAUCCAAUGACACACUCCUUCUGGGUCACAUCACUGACUCACAGCAGUUGGAGGACAUUAAAAAAUCUAACAAGCCACUCAAACGCUUUCUGGUCAUUGACCAGGAAGUCCAAAAAAUCUAUGGCCCCAGGCUAACUGAGUACCUAGAGGCCAACAAAGUCCAGUACAAGAUCUUGCCUCUACCCACAACUGAGGAGAACAAAUCCAUGGAAAUGGCUUUGGAAAUCAUAAAAGAGGUCAACAACUUCUCCCUUGACCGCCGCACAGAGCCCAUCAUUGCCAUCGGUGGAGGGGUGUGCCUGGACAUAGUGGGUCUGGCUGCCUCACUCUACAGGAGACGCACUCCCUACAUCAGGGUCCCAACCACACUGCUUGCCUACAUCGAUGCCAGUGUGGGGGCAAAGACAGGGGUGAAUUUUGCCAACUGCAAGAACAAGCUGGGUGCCUACAUUCCACCAACUGCUUCCUUCCUUGACCUGUCCUUCAUACAAACUAUUCCUCGCCGGCACAUCUCCAACGGGCUGGCAGAGAUGUUAAAGAUGGCCAUAAUGAAGCACAGAGGCCUCUUUGAGCUUCUUGAGAAACAUGGCCAUAUGCUGUUGGAUACUAAAUUCCAGGCCGUUAACAAUGUAUAUGGGUGCAACAACUUACAGGCUGCACCACAAGCAACUCGUACAGCAAUCAUGACUAUGCUUGAGGAGCUUGCUCCAAACCUUUGGGAGGAUGACCUAAACAGACUUGUGGACUUCGGCCAUCUCAUCAGUCCAGCAUUAGAGAUGGAAGUUCUCCCGUCUCUGCUGCAUGGUGAAGCAGUGAACAUUGAUAUGUCUUACAUGGUUUACGUAUCUAAAGAGAGGGGUCUACUGACAGAAGAAGAGAUGCAGAGGAUCAUCAGAUGCAUGGUGGGCCUGGAGCUGCCUGUCUGGCAUGAGGCGUGUACCAUGGAGCUCAUACAGAGGUCUCUGCAGGACAGACUAAAGCACUCUGGCGGCCUGCACAGAAUGCCCCUGCCUGUUGGUCUUGGGCAAGCAGAAAUAUUCAAUGACACAUCUUAUGAGGUCCUGCACAGAGCUUACGAGAAAUGGUGUGAUGAGCUGGGUGUGUCCUCUAAGCAUCUGUGACACUUAAUCUGCCCAUACCACUACUGUAUCAGUUGAAUGUUUUCAGUCUCAUGUGCAUGACAAUAUGUACUCACUUAGUUUCAUUGGUGAUGUAUUAAAAAAUCUGUAGUUAAUGGUAUUUAUAUUUACCUGCUUCUGUCUAGCAUUUCUUUGCAAAUGGUGACAAUACCUGAUGCUGCCUGCCUUGUUUUAAGGGUUUGUAAAACAAAUCAAGUUACAAAAGAGCUUUUUUAGUGACUAUUUGUCUAACAG